AUGUCCACAAGAUGUGUCACAGACUUCGACGUGACUUACGGAAGUGCACUGGCACCUGCGGGAUUUCAUCGAACCACAACUCGGGUAGGCGGCAGUGCAAACCUCAACACGACCGCCAGCUCGCAGCAGAGCUUCCUGUGGACGCAUGAGGGACUCAGCAGGGGCAAUCCCGUAGUGCAGGUAAGCGUGACCUACGACGACGAGCCGGGGCCGGAGGGCUUCGAACGGGUGUCGCGGGACCUCGCAAAGGGCGGCACCAGCGGAAGAAAGGCCUUCCUCUGGCUUAAGCGCCACGCCCAGCAGAUACCCAGGACCGCCAGCGCCACGGCCCUCGACCAACGGAGGCGUAGCUCUAACGACACGAAAGAAUCGGGGCAUGAAGCAGCAGCAGCAGCAGCAGACGCAGCGGCACAAGAAGAAGGGGAUAGUGGCGUCCUACCGAUCGGCGAAGUUGUGGUAGCGUUCGGGUCCUCUGACCCAAACGUCGAAGAGGCGACGGAAGCGGCGGAGCAAGAGCGCGCGGCGGGGGCGGUCGACGGCGCGGGAGGGGAGGGAGGGAGCGUGGAGGAACGGCGCGUUGUUCGAGUGUGGGAGCGAUUGGAUCGCAGCUUGAACCCUUCCACGGCAGUUGCGGCAGAGGACGAUGGGGGGGGGCAGCAGCAGCAGCAGGGUGGCGGGUCGGCGGUUUUCUUGUGGUUUCGACGGGUUUCGGAGGAAGAGCCGCUCUCUUGGUCGGCCCACUCCCUGACGGUGGGCGACUGGUUGGACGCCCGCGACAGCGAUGGGACCUGGUGUGUCGCCCAGGUGGUGCGGAUAGAGGGAGAGUCGAUGCGAGUGCACUUCCAGGGGUACCACUCAAGAUACGACGAAGACAUUCGGGUGGAGUCUUUGAAGUUGGCGAAGCUGGGCACACAUACGUCAGGAAGGGACACGGGACAGUCAACCAGGAGACCGGGAGCCCCGUGGGGCAUCACUCCGAACGAAGUUCGCGAUGUUAUCCGUCGAGUCAAAGGCCUUCUUCCCGAGGUGUUGCGGGAGGGGGAGGUGGGGUCGGGGGACGGUUACGGUGGCGGCGGGGGGCAGGGGCAACACGGCCCGGAGGCCCGUUUGUGGGAGAUGGACUUGCCGGCGUUCAUCGAGCGCUGCCUGUCGUCUUCGAUUAACGAUCUGCAAGCCCUGCCGUUCAUCAACGAUCUGUUCAAGCUAGUACUCGAGAUCAUCGCGGUGCGCUUGUGGAAACCGGCACCGAUGCCGCGGCACCUGCUGCAGACGAUGUCAAGGCUGGGGCACGGUGAUCGCCGGUGCACGUGGUAUUACGCCAGCUACGGCCGUUCAAGCGGCACCCAUGAUGGACCGGCGUUAUCACCAGGAGCGGGCGCGGGCGGAGGCGGAGGCGGGGGCGGUGGCGCAGGCGGCGGUGGCAGCGGUGGCGGUACCGGAGGGGUCUCGGAGGAAGAGUUUUUGUUCGUGGAGAGGAAGCCAGAGUGGGACAAGGUGUACGUGCAGCAGACGAGAGGGGGCAUCCGAGCCGGCUUCCAGUCCGACGCGAGCCGGCUGUACGUGGCGAACAUGAACCACUUCGGCCGGGCGGGCGGUUACGCCGCAAUCCUGUCCAGGAUCGAUCCCAGCAGAGCCGCGGGCCCGGUGUCCAUCGAGGAGUUCACGACGUACACCGGCUUCUUGGCGGUGGCGCCCAAGUGCUUUGCGUCGUUCUCCAAAGACAACCUGUACUUCGAGGACGUUAGGCGAGGCGUUAUGGCGCGUCUUGGGCGGCUGUCGAAUGACGAGCUCGCCGCCGACGAAGAGGCGGUGAUGGCGAUCAUGAGCUCCCUCGGAGUCGUAAUGUCGGCCAUAGACAUGAAGUUCAAUCGGACGGAGAACUUGGAGCGCUUCCACGUGAUGUUCGCGAUUCAGCUGAUCCGGUGCCCUUUCCUCAACCCAAGAAUCAGGGGCGUGACCGUUCUCAGCGACAUCAUCGAGGUCACGAUCAGGAACGCGACGAGGUGA